ACCCUUGCAAUUUCAGUACUCUCUCUAUCUCUCUCAUCACACAAAUACAGAAGACCGCCCCGUGCGAUUCCUCUUAUCUUUUUCUCGUCGUCUAUCUCUCCACCGUCGUUGGCUACUUUCGCCACCUCCUUACCUCUACCCUUUCAAAACUGCCGCCCACAAGCAUCCAUUUUUCUCAAUAUUUCCCUCAUUUUUUUUAAUCGGAUUCUAAAUUUCUUAAUCUCUUAAUUUGUCGUUUUCGGUGGCUGUUAAAUAUCAUUUGACGAAUAGAAUUUCCUUAAUGCCCAUUUGAGAUCGAACGGUGCUUUUGGAUUUAUGAUCUUCCUUCUAAAUGUGUUAUUCAAAAUCACAGGGUUUUGUGUAAGAAAGAAAUCUUGGUACAUAUUCCCCUGAGAUUUAUAAUUAAAACUUGUAAAUUGUUGUUUCGUUUUUGGUAGGUAAGUGUGCAAUUGAAUUCUAGUUGAAUCGCGUUUAAUUACCGUUUCCUGUAUUUACAAAUUCUUGGAUCUCGAAAGCAUUAUCCGUUUUUGAAUUCCUCGCCAAUUCAGAUCCUUCCUAUACGUCCCUUUUGUUGUACCGACAAUAUAAUUAAGGGUUUGGUGGUGGUAGUUGAUGAAUGGGAGUGAUAUGUACAGCGUAGAAGAUAGAGAUAAGAGAAAGAGGUUUGGGAUUGGUAUUGGAAUUGGAAUUGGAGUUAAGAUCAGGGCAAUGGGAUUGAAGACAUUAGGGGAGAGUAGAGUAGAAAAAUUGAAGGCAAAUGCAAGGUCUCCAAAAAUGAAGUUGUGGAUAAUUAGGGCCACAACAAUGGUGUUAUUGUGGACUUGUUUGGUUCAGUUGACAGCUUUAGGUGAUACAUGGGGACCUAGGGUUUUAAGGGGUUGGCCUUCUUCUGUCACUCAAGAUUCCCAUUCUUUAGAUGUCAAGUUUUUGCCCAGUGGUCCUGCUAGGGUUCUUCCUCCCAAGAGGGUUUACCAAAACAAUGGUUACCUAAUGGUUUCAUGCAACGGAGGACUCAAUCAAAUGCGAUCUGCAAUUUGUGAUAUGGUUGCGAUUUCAAGAUUUUUAAAUGUUACACUUAUAGUUCCCGAGCUCGAUAAAACGUCAUUCUGGGCUGAUCCAAGUGAGUUUGAGGACAUUUUUGAUGUCGAUCAUUUCAUUACUUCAUUGAGAGAUGAGGUACGGAUACUUAAGCAACUUCCUCCAAGGCUUAAAAAGAGAAUGGAAUUGGGAUACGUGCAUACCAUGCCUCCCGUUAGCUGGUCCGAUAUUUCUUAUUAUCAUAACCAGAUUCUUCCUUUGAUUAAGAAAUUCAAAGUUGUGCAUUUGAAUAGAACAGAUGCUCGGCUUGCGAAUAAUGGUCAACCCCUAGAACUUCAGAAGCUAAGGUGUCGAGUAAAUUUCAAUGCUUUGAGAUUUACUCCUCAGAUAGAAUACUUGGGUAGGCGUGUGGUGCAACUUUUGAGAAAAAACGGCCCCUUUCUAGUGCUACAUCUUAGAUAUGAAAUGGACAUGUUAGCAUUUUCUGGAUGCACUCAAGGAUGCAAUCCUGAUGAGGUGGAUGAGUUGACCAGAAUGAGAUAUGCAUACCCAUGGUGGAAAGAAAAGAUUAUUAACUCUGAGUUGAAAAGAAAAGACGGGUUAUGCCCUUUGACUCCUGAGGAAACUGCCCUUACUCUAAGGGCACUUGACAUUGCUAGUGACAUUCAGAUUUAUGUGGCGGCUGGUGAAAUAUAUGGUGGUCAAAGGAGAAUGGCCAGCCUUGCAGCCGCUUUUCCAAAACUGGUUAGAAAAGAGACGUUAUUAGGAGCAGAUGACCUACAAUUUUUCCAGAACCAUUCGUCACAGAUGGCAGCAUUGGACUAUCUUGUAUCAUUAGAAAGUGACAUUUUUAUCCCUACUUAUGAUGGGAACAUGGCCAAAGUUGUAGAAGGCCAUCGCAGAUACUUGGGUUUCAAGAAGACGAUAUUAUUGGAUAGAAAGCUUCUGGUUGAAUUGAUAGACGGAUACACGAGUGGUUUGUUGAGUUGGGAGGAAUUCUCAAGUGCUGUGAAGGAUGCACACAUGGCACGAAUGGGGAGCCCUAAAAAAAGAAAAGUUGUUCCUGAAAGACCAAAAGAAGAAGAUUACUUUUAUGCAAAUCCAGAAGAGUGCUUGCAGCCAUUAGUAGACAUAGACCCUGUGACUCUGAGCAUCCUAAGAUGAGUAGGCUCUUGUGGAAUAUUUAGGUCAGUAUCUUUAUCAGAGGCCUCAUCAAGAUGGAAGAUUGUGGUUCAUUAUGGUUCACUGCCUUCGAGCCAGUGGUGCUAGAGGUGGGUCAAUCUUGAAUGAGGCGGCAGGUGGUGGUGGUAGUGGUGGUGGGUGGUGGACUUCCAUGUUGUUGACCAUGUUUUCGUAGGGCUGAGAAGGGGUUUAUUAUUAGUAUCCUUUUUUUUGGCUUACAUAUUAUUGGUAAUAAUGCAGAUUCAUGUAUAGGAAUUAGUAAUUACCCUGGCAUUGCAGGGUUAUAUCUUCGGCCUUGAAACUACCGAUGUAUCACAUUGAUUCGAAAUAUAGAUUUAUUUUUGCCCGGUAA